AUGAGUGACUACUUUCAGCUGAAAGUAGCGGCGGCAGAGGCGAUUACAGUCAAACUUGAAGCCUCGAAAUCGGCGGAAAAUGCUCCCUCCGUGGCAAAGAUCCUCUCACUCGUCCAGGACUCCUCGAUCGAAAAACAGGCUCAAAUCCUCAACUAUGAAAGCUUAUCCGACCAGCACUUGCUUCCACUGGUAGAAAACCUUACUCAACCGCUCAGUGGCAAAAUGAAAUACGAAGAAAAAGUUUACAAUCAAAAUCUUGAGGAUUUUAUGAAGCAUUGUCAAGCUCUUGAAAAGAUACUCGGAGAAAACUACCUCCUUGGCGAGGAAUUAUCUGUUGCGGACACCACUCUUGCGGCUUGCUUAAAACCUGCAUUUGAAAACCUCUUCGGCAAAUCAGAGCGUGAAGCGCUACCAAAGCUCACGAACUGGUACUCCUCUCUCAUGAAAAACGACAAGCUGAAGAAGCACUUCAAAGUUAACUUUAUUGAAAAUCGAAAAGUAUUCGACGCGGCCGAAUUGGAAAAGAAGCUCGCAAAGGAAGCCGAAAAAGCGCGAAAGAAGGCCGAAAAAGAAGCAAAAUUCGCAGCGAAAAAAGCCGCAGCUGCCGCGGCUAAAAAGGACAAACCAGCGAAGGCCGCUGCAAAGAAAGAAGAGAAACCAGCAAAGGCCGCUGCGCCAGAGGUGGUUACCUACACGGAAGGGACUGCAAAAGGCGAUAAGAAAUCGACUACUUGCGAGCUUCCAAAAGCUUAUUCUCCGAAAUAUGUCGAAGCCGCCUGGUCCGAAUGGUGGGAGAAACAGGGCUUUUACAAGCCAGAGUAUGGCCGCGAAAACGUUUACGCAGAUAAUCCAAAGGGUCACUUCACGAUCAUGAUUCCCCCACCAAAUGUAACUGGAACUCUUCAUCUUGGGCACGCGCUCACUCUCGCUGUCGAAGACUGCAUCACCCGCUGGCAUCGAAUGAACGGUAAAACAGUCCUUUGGAAUCCAGGCUGUGAUCACGCUGGUAUCGCCACUCAAGUCGUUGUUGAAAAGCGAUUGAAGAAGGAGCGCAACAUCACGAGGCACCAGCUCGGCAGAGAUGCCUUCGUCGACGAGGUGUGGAAGUGGAAGAACGAGAAGGGCGACACGAUUUACAACCAGAUCCGUGCGAUGGGAGCUUCUGUCGAUUGGGACAGAGCGGCUUUCACCAUGGACCCGAAGCUCUACAAAGCUGUUCAAACUGCCUUCAUCCGAUUUCACAAAAACGGCACGAUCUUCCGCUCCAAUCGUUUGGUCAAUUGGUCAUGUGCCCUCCAAUCCGCCAUUUCCAAUAUCGAGGUCGAUCAAAAGGAGCUUGAGGGGCGAACUCUCCUUCCCGUCCCUGGCUACCCGGAAAAGGUCGAAUUCGGUGUCCUCAUCAGCUUCUCAUACAAGCUUGAAGAUGGCAGAACAAUCACCGUAGCUACCACUCGUAUUGAAACGAUGCUUGGUGACGUUGCCGUAGCCGUUCAUCCCAUGGACGAGCGAUACUCCGAUUUUGUGGGCAAGAAGCUCGUGCAUCCCUUCAUCCCCGAUCGGGAAAUGACUAUCAUCGCCGACGACUACGUCAAGAUGGACUUUGGUACCGGCGCUGUCAAGAUCACCCCCGCUCAUGAUCACAACGAUAAUGACAUGGGCAAGCGACACAACCUUCCACAGAUCAACAUUUUCGACGACAACGGGCUCGUAGUUGGCACUGGCACAAAAUAUGACGGAAUGAAGCGAUUCGAUGUGCGAAAACAGAUCGUUGAAGACCUCAAGGAGAUCGGACAAUACGUUGGAACAGAGGACAAUCCAAUGGUGGUUCCUGUUUGUUCCCGAUCCAAGGACAUCAUUGAACCGCUGCUCAAACCACAGUGGUACGUCGACACAGAUGCCAUGGCGAAACGAGCUUGCGAUGUUGUGACGAACAAAGAGCUGAAGAUCAUCCCAGACAGUCACGAAAAGACCUGGUUCCGUUGGCUCGAGGACUCGCGACCGUGGUGCAUUUCCCGACAGCUUUGGUGGGGACAUCGAAUCCCAGCGUAUAAGGCGACCAUGACCGGAGAACACAAGUCAUUCCCGAAUGAAGAAGACUACUGGGUCUGCGGAAUUACUGAGGAGGAAGCUCUUGCAGCGGCUGUUGAGAAAUUCGAGUGCGGAAAAGAUCAGAUUUCACUCGAACAGGACCCUGAUGUCCUUGAUACCUGGUUUUCUUCGGCACUGUUUCCUUUCUCCGCCUUUGGCUGGCCAGAUGAGAAUCCUGAACUCUCGCGUUUCUUCCCUGGCGAGCUGCUUGAAACAGGACACGAUAUUCUCUUCUUCUGGGUGGCCAGAAUGGUCAUGUUCUCCCUCUCCCUCUGCGACAAGCUCCCAUUCAAGGAGGUCUACCUCCACGCUAUGGUCAGAGACGCGCAUGGGCGAAAAAUGUCCAAGUCCCUCGGAAACGUCAUCGAUCCUCGCGAUGUCAUCAACGGAGUUACGCUCAAGAAGCUUCAAGAAUCGCUUCUGUCCGGAAAUCUUGACGCGAAAGAGAUCAAGAAGGCCCAAGACGGUCAAGCAGCUGAUUAUCCCGAUGGAAUUCCAGAGUGUGGAACUGAUGCGUUGAGAUUCGCCCUCUGUGCUUACACAAGUCAGGGAAGAGAUAUCAAUUUGGAUGUCAAGCGGGUCGAGGGUUACAGAAAGUUUUGUAACAAGCUCUGGAAUGCUAUCAGAUUCGCGCAAAUGCAGCUCGGCGACGACUUCGUUCCAUCAAAGGAUGUUCUCGAAAGCAAGACUGGAAUCGACAAGUGGAUUCUCUCCCGACUUGCGAAUUGCGUUGAGCAAUGCACGAGCGGAUUCAAGAACUACGACUUCCCAGCCAUCACCACUGCCAUUUACAAUUUCUGGUUGUACGAACUCUGCGAUGUCUAUCUUGAGACUGUCAAGCCGAUAAUGUGGGGAGACAUUGGAGAUGCAUCAACAAAACGCGCUGCUCAAGAAACGCUCUACACAUGUCUCGACGUCGCUCUCAAACUGUCGGCUCCUUUCAUGCCAUAUGUAACGGAAGAGCUUUGGCAGCGACUGCCAAGAAGAGCUGGCGACGCUACUCCCUCUAUUCACGUCGCUAGUUAUCCAGAUCCAACUGCUUUCAAGCGAGACGAAGCCACGGAAUCCGACAUCGCGCUAAUGAUGAAUGUCGUCAAGCAAGUGCGAUCACUCCGUGGCGAGUACAAGCUGACCAACAAGCAAAAGACAAAGACCUUCUUGGAAGUCAAGAGCGACGCCUCGAAGCAGGUCCUGGAUAGCUACUCAGAUUUCAUCCGAGUGUUGUCCAACGCGGAAGAAAUCGCUUUUACGAAGGACAUUCCAGCCGGCUGCGUACUCACCGUUGUUAACGACGAUGUCAAUGCUCAUCUUUUGUUGAAGGGAGUCAUUGAUUUCGAAAAAGAAGUCGUCAAGAUGGAAAAGUCUCGAAAGGGAAUCGAAAACAAAAUUUCUUCCCAGGAAAAGAAGAUGAGCGCCAAAGACUACGCAACGAAAGUACCAGAAGCUGUCCAAGCAGCGGAUAAAGAAAAGAUCGAAAGUCUACGAAUUGAGCUAUCGGAGAUGGAUAAGGCAAUUGAAGGAAUUAAGAAAAUGCUGAUAUAA